UGCAGGGUGAAAACUUACACACCAUAUUCUGAUGUUGAUGUCAUUAGCUGUUCGUGUUCGAUUCGUUGCUGGCUACAUCUCUUGUGUAAAUGCGGAAUUCGUGAGAAAACAUUGCAACAUUAUUUGGAAAAUUUAGCAUAGUAAUGAAUGUUGCAACAAUGACUGAUUUGCACUAUCAGAGAGCUGUAUGAGGUACUGUCAAAGUAGGAAGACAUGUUGACAACAGUAAAUCACCAACCAGGGACAGGACUUUCUAAAACCUUCAUCUUGACUUUAGGUGUUGGUAUCAUUUUUGGUUUCAGUUUUGCUUAUGUGCUACUAAGUGUAGUAUCUUGGGAAAAGGCUGAUCUAUUAAAUAACAUAGCAGCAUCAACUCUUACAGGACACCGUAUUGGUCAUCAUGACCCUCAUUCACAUGAGGACAUGGAAGAUCUCUCUGGUCCUGAUGUUCCCCUUUCAUUCCACAGUGCUGAUGAAGAUGUUCAUAAAGGAGAAGGUGUUUUGGCAGAAAAUUUGGCCAAGGAGGUACGUGUUUUAUGUUUCAUUCUUACCAAUCCUACAAACCACCAGAAAAAAGCUAAACAUGUGAAAGCUACCUGGGGUCAUCGAUGUAAUGUUCUCCUCUUCAUGAGUUCAGAGGAAGAUAAAACUCUGCCUUCUGUGAAACUUAAUGUUCAGAGGGAAGAAAUUUUUUUGUGGGGUAAGACAAAACAGGCUUUCCAGUAUGUCUAUGAAAACUACUUUGAUCAGGCUGAUUGGUUUAUGAAAGCUGAUGAUGAUACUUAUGUUAUUGUUGAAAAUCUUCGCUACCUAUUAAUGAGUCAUAAUUCCUCAGAGCCUAUUUAUUUUGGGUGUCGCUUCAAGCCUUAUAUAAAGCAAGGUUACAUGAGUGGAGGAGCAGGCUAUGUUUUGAGUAAGGUGGCUUUAAGUCAGUUCGUGGAGAGGGCCUUACGCGAUAAGUCUCACUGUAGAAGUGACAAUGGUGGGUCUGAAGAUGUAGAGAUAGGAAAGUGCUUAGAAGGUAUUGGCGUUCAAGCAGGGGAUUCUCGAGACAGUCUAGGUCGAGGAAGGUUUUUUCCAUUUGUUCCAGAACACCACUUGAUACCAGGUCAUGUGCCUAAGAACUUUUGGUACUGGAAGUGGAUUUACUAUCCUGCUGAAGAGGGAAUGAAUUGUUGCAGUGAUACAGCCAUCUCCUUUCAUUAUGUCAGUCCAAACAUGAUGUAUGUUAUGGAGUAUCUAAUCUAUCAUCUUCGACCCUAUGGACUUCACACCAGACUCAUACCUACACAGCAUGCCAAUUCUAACAAAACCACCAAAUCUCCAUCUGAUAAAUCAGGUCCUUUAGACCCCAGUUCAUCCUAAUAUCCUGAUAUUAAUAUAUUUUUGUUUACUUCAGAACACCAAAGAUGAACAAGGUAGAGUUCUGAAAAUGGUGUAAAGUACUCUCUGAAUUAAUUAAUAUUAAUAUCAAUUUAUUAAUGCACUGAAUAUAUUUGGUGAAGUUAAUUGUUUCACUAGACAUUUGUGAUAUUACAUUAGGUUACUGACAUCUAUGAAAAGGAGGACUUACUGAGACUUGAGCUUUUAUGAUAUUUCAAUCGGAAGAUUUAUGAUAUUGGCAUACUGUUUUACAAUGUACAAAAUCAGUGACUGGUACUGAUGUUACUACAUGUGGCUUGGAGUAUAGUGAGUAGAUAUAAAUAUUUUCUCAUUUGCACCAUGACAGCAUCAUUAGUGGGCAACCUUCUUGUGUGUUUUAUCAAGACUGAAGGUUUCAGGCACAUAUUUACUAUUAUUAGAAUUAAACAUGCAUUAAUUACAAUAAAGCAGUCAAAUAACAGGACUUUCUUCAAGUUUUAUAAUGAAAAACCUCACUCUAGGAGAGUUUUGUCCGACAGUUUUGUUAACUACAUUGGUAUAUCUGGUAUAUAACUAAUCACCUUUAGUCUUUCAGUUACACUAUAUCAUACAUAUGCAUCAUUCAAGCAAGUCUCUUUUGACCUACAAAGCUCUGUCAGAUUUGGUAUGACAUCUUUGUUAAUUACAUUGGUAUAUAUGGUACAUAACUAAUCACCUUUAGUCUUUCAGUUACACUAUAUCAUACAUAUACAUCAUUCAAGCAGAUCUCUUUUGACCUACAAAGCUCUGUCAGAUUUGGUAUGAAUGAGGGUAAUAAAUGGACGUUCUGUAUUACUUAUUUAAGCACAUAUGCAUCUAUGUUGUAUAAUGUUGUGUUUGCUCUUAUCAACUAUUCUUUCUUUAUCCUAUUUAACUCUUAUACUAUAUGUUAUGUUAAAAAUUAAGUUAUGAUCUUACAUCUAGUAUAGUAAAGACUUGGAAGCAAUAUAAUCUGAUACAGAAAAGUUCAAGCAUUUUAAAGUUGUUUUUAUUUUAUAAAUAAGCAUUGUGUCUAAAGAACCCAGUACAUGUACGUGGGUGGUUUUUGGAUGGACAGUAGUUAUUAGGCCUCACAGUUUGUGAAGAUUUAACAAGAAAUAAUAAAGCUUUUAUAAAUCUUAUUUAGCAGUUUAGAUAAAAAAUUUUGCAUCUUAUCAAGUUAUUCCUUUUCAAGAAAGAGUAUAUUUUAAAUAUACCAUAUUUAGGUAGUAGGCCUGGAGAUUCCUUCUCUUCUUGCAGAAGUAGGUCAUUUCAAGUGGGUACCAUUCUUUUUCUUUUUAAAGUAAGCUAUGACCCUGUUUAUUAUUUUUAUUGUAGCAUAAUAUCUGGUUAUACUUGAUUUUAUACCACAUAGUUAAUUUUUCUCACUGUGAUUGCAGUUAUAUUUUUGCAAACUGUGAAACUGAAACGUGGACAAUAGAAAUUUAUAUGUAACUGUUUCUAUAAAUGAAACAACUUGUUACAGCUAUGUGAUGCCUACAUUCCUUAAAGGUACAAGCUCAUCAGGAUAAUAAGUUAAUUCAUAAGUGCUGUCUGUGAUUAAACCUUUUUAAUGUCUUAUAAUUUGCAAAUGUUACUCAGCUAAAAAGAAUACAUGUGUAGUAUAUGGGUAAGUAGUUUUGAAGAAUAGACUUGAUAGUGCUUAAAGCAUUAUCUUUGUUUCAGUAUGUGAAACAUCCUUUUGAUGUUAUACUCAUUUGUAUAAAUGCUUAAUUUUGUAUAUUGCUAUUAUAACACUACAAAUACUUUGUAAAUUAUCAAAUUGUGACACUUACUUUGUAAGCUCUUUGAACAUAAGGUUAUUUUUCAUGAAGUCUGUACUUUACUUCAGUUUAGUGUUGGAUUAUGCUUUCAAUAAUGCUUUUAAAGCCAGUAUUGUACUUCUUUACUAACUUAGGAAUUUAGCUAAUUUCAUGUAUUUGGUAAGAAAAAGUGUAUUGUACCAAGUAAGUUGACAAAUACUCAAUCCCAAUUUUGUUAAGUAACUUGAAUCACACAUUUUUGCUGAAACAGAAUUGAAAUAUUUAGUAUUUUUUAUUUCUAGCCUUUUAACCAACAUAAUCAUCAUGAAGCUGCCACUAGAUUUAACUAGGUCAAAAAUCUUCAUUCCAAGUAGAAUAAAAUGUAGAAUAUAAAUUUUAAGUUUAUAAUGACUUACUCUGUAGUACUUAUAGGGAUACCUAGUGCUUGAACCUAUAUAUAUAUAUCAGCAAAUGAACAAACUGAAAAAUGUGAAGGUGAUGAAAUAAGUAAAUUACACUUUUUGAGAUAAAACACCUUAAAAUCUUAGUUUUAUGUAAUGGCGAUGUUUCACUCUUUUUAAAGCCAAAACACAGAUAAUAUUGAACUACUGCAGAGUGUUCUGAAAGUGAACAAUACACAAAAAAAGAAUGUAACACGAGUUAAAAACAUGAGAAAAAAAUGUAAUGCGAGUUAAAAACACGAGAAAUAAACAAUAUAGUGUUGACAAUGUAACAAGGCUAAAGAAAAAUAGUGACAAGAUAAUGAAGGAAAUAUAUGAUUAUACAAAAAUAUAUAUAAUUAAACGGUUAAUAUCGGAAAGUUUAAAAAACGAUUAUAAAAUCAUUUAAAAAAGAAAGAAAAUUAAUGUUAAAAAUUUAUAAAAAAAACAGAAAUGUUCACUGAUACCAGAGGGACUUAUACAGCCUAAUUUGAAAAUGAUUUCUUUUUCAAUUCUGAUUCUUUUAAAUGUGUUGGAGGGGGCAUGUCUUAGGGCAAUUACUCUGGAAUUAAGAAUGGAAUGAUUAGCUUUGUUAGAGUGUCGAGCUACAGGUUUAUCUGGAUCUUUAAUCAAAAUGCUAUGCAAGUGUUCUUGUGUGCAUUCAGAGAGCAUACAGCUGGUUUCUCUAUGUAGAUUUGGUCACAGAUGUUACACAAAUAAACACAAUAAUUGAAACAUUUAGAUGUACAUGUGAAGUGGCUAUUAACAGUAUAGGCUGACUUAGAGCUCUUAACAGGUGUUCUAUGAUCGAUGUAAGGGCAAGUGUUGCAUCUGCGCCUCUUUAGAUUUUUAGAUUACCUACUAAAGCAAUUGUUCCCAUUACACAUACCUAAGGGAGAUAAACCCAAAACUCAUACAAACUUUAGUAAGUUUCUGUAUCAUCCUUGGAAUGAGUAUGACUUCACUUCAGAAGAGCUUGACACAGAAAGAGGGCCAUACAAAUAUAAGCCGUAUGGAACAAUAUUUUGUGUUAUGAAAUCUUUGUGUAAAUUAGACAAUUAGUAAAAGUAUAAAAUUUUGCUUACAAGGAUGUCAUAACUGCAUGCAGAGCAACUGUACAAAAAUUACUAUAAUGUACCUAAAUAAAGAUCUACUCUUUACUAGUUAUGGAAGGGAAAAAAUAUAUUUUCAGUCACCACAGUAUCACCAUCAGUUGGUGCAAACUGAUAUUCAUUAAAUAAACAUAUGUAUGACAUGAUUAUACACCAGAUAUACAUUGAAUUUAAUGUUUUAUCAAAGUAACUUUGUAAAUAAUGCUUUCACAUUAAACCUGUUUCUGAAAACUUAAGUUCUUAAUUUGAGUAACUAAAGUUUCUAGAUAUGUCAAAGACUAAGAUCAUAGGAUUGCCUGAAGAAGUUAGAUGCUGAAAAAGAUAGCAUUUUGAUUAUUCAUUAAAGACCAAAAUUCAACCAAUAAGCCUCACUAUUACCACUGCUUAUAAAAUUAAAAAAUCUGUUUAUUUAGAAAAAUAAGUUGUUUAUAUAAUUAAGAAGUAAAAGCCUUGAAAAUGCUUGUCAGUAAAAUACAAAGAAAGUGGAACUUUUUUUUUUUUUUACUGGAUUUCUUUAUUUUUCUCCUUUGGUGGAUUUGAGAGUAGAUUUUUUAAAUGUCAUAGUUUGUUUUAAUUAUCUAGUAGUUUUAAAUACUAGGUGUUUAAUGAUUUAAUAAAAGUACUGAAAGUUUAUUAAUGAUGAAUGAAGAAUACCCUUCAUGAUGCUAGACUAAAUAAUUUAAUAUGUUCUUUAGAAUUACAUCAGGUAAUUAAUCGAAGUGCUUACAGGUAGUAAAUCAAUCUCUUUGAUAAAUGUAUAGAAGACUUCAAUGAUUUGUCUUCAUUUUAGUUUUUGUGACUAGAAAUUUCAAAUAUUACACUUGCAUGAACUUCAUACUAUCAUUAAUUUAUUUGCAAAAUAUAGUUUGCAAGAUUACAGGUUUUUUCUUUUGUUUUAAAUUAUAUGAAAGAAUAAUUACAAAUGCAAGAACAAAUUAGCUAUUUUUCUAAACUUAUAUUCCAGUGUAUUGAGUUAUUUUUUGUUUUCUUGAAAUGGAAUUUUGAAGUUCACAUUUUUGCUUAUUAGUACAUAUUCUUUAAGAUUCUUCAAAUGAGAACAUUGUCUUCUAGGUUUGUUUUGUGAAUAUUUCAAUAAUUGUGAUAAACCCUAUAACAAGGCCUAAUGGUAUAUUCAGUCAGUUAAUGAGCUUACAGAGUAAGUAGUGUUACGUGAAAGGAUAACUGCUGUCUUUAACAGAAUGCUAGAAAUGUUUCUUCAGCAAUGUUUUGUUGAAAUAGUGUGUUUAAUUAAAAAAAAUUAUUAAAUUAUUCACAAUCCUUUUCUUAUUUUUUAGUAACUAGUUGUUUGACAGUAUUAAUUAUGUUUAGGAGUUGUAGGUUUUCAGGUAUUUCAAAUAAAUUAGUUUACCAUUUUUGUGUCAUUGAAAACUAUCAUAUUUAGAUGUUGGCUCUAGUUUAUUGCCUUACUGCAGCCAAGAUGGAUGGGAAAACAUUUAUUACUUUAAAUCAAAUAUUGCUGCACUUUAUAUUUGUGGUGUUUAUAACACUGUAUUUCAACAUUUUUCCAAGAUUUGUUUUCCUUAACAACUGGACUGCAUUUAGAGUUUUAGUUUGUUUUGUGUAUCUAAUUCAGCAAUGAUGUAUUCCAAAUGAAUAGUAUCAGUACGAAUAUACAUUACAUCUAACUUGCUGUUAUGACUAUCAUUUGGUUGUGUUGGAAGUGUCAUUUGUGUAGUCACACUUUAAACAUUUGAUAAAAUACAUGCAUUUUUAAAAUUACACUUUGCUUUGUAACUGUGUUAUACAGAGUAAAUAAAUUUUUAAAUUUUAGGAUGAAGAAAAUGGUUAUUAAAGUUGCAUAAUUACUUUUGUUGAAAACAGUUGUAUUUUUGUUGUAUAAAACUUGCAGGUAUUGGGUGAUUAUCAUACAUUGUAUGCAACUAUUUGACAGUUAUAUACAAGUUUGCAGGAUUUUAUUGCUUUUGUUUUUUACUAUUAUUAAAGAUAGUAAUAAAGUUUA